AUGUACAAUUGGUUUACUGAUUAUUUGCGUGGUCGUACUCAGCGUAUCGUUGUCGAUGGUGCAACUUCAGAAUGGUCUCAAGGUACCUCCGGUGUCCCUCAGGGUAGUAUCUUAGGACCUAUGCUGUUCCUUCUUUUUAUCAAUGACCUCACUGACAUCAUUCCACCAUCAACAUCAACCGGUCUCUAUGCUGACGAUACAAAGCUGUACAAAGCAAUAAGAUCACGGCAGGAUUCUGAUCUUCUACAGGAAUCAUUGUCGCACGCUGAGGAUUGGAGCAAGCAAUCCAAUAUUGACUUCGACGCAUCUAGGUGUAAAGUUCUAACAAUAUCCCGCCGAAAAAGUCCGAAUGAAACAAGGUACCACCUUGGUUCAACUGAAUUGGUGCGUGUGAUUAGUGAGGUUGACCUUGCAAUUGCUGUGACAAGAAAGUUGGAAUCGAUCAACACAUCAUUCAAAUUGUAUCCAAGACAAAUAUAA